AGCUCAAACACCGGCGCAACGGUUAGUGGUCUCCUCUAGACCUCUUCAUUUGCAAAGCAAGAUCAUCUCUGUUCCUGCUACAAGGCCAAAACAUCUCCUGUUCGCCCUCCUGUAACGCUCACCCCACAUAUCUUGCAGUGCUUUCCAAGUAGACGGCGAACCGGCAAGUGGUGAUCGCCGAAAAGAAGGCUUGGUGGAUAGCGCACAGCUGUGCGUAAUGCAGACCGUUACCAUAGAAGGCAUCCACAGGCUGUGUGGGAGCCUGUCUGAUGUUGGGCACGACAAGCCGGCACAAAAGCCAGCUCAGACACUCUCCUAAAGCAAUAGGUGUGCCCGAAAUGCCACCAGGAGGGAGGAUUCGGUUGCCUGUUUUCGUUCUGCAAGAUGGCUUUUCUUUUUUUUAACAAAGACGCUUUGAGAUGCACUUACAGAUCAACAAAAUGUACUUUCUACGACCUUCUUAGUAAUGAACCAGACAAAUAUUUAUAGGCUGGCACUAGGACAUCAGAAGACCGACAAAUGUCUCAGCCAUCAUUAACAGACACAAACCUAUUCAAACCAAUCAAGGUCGGUAAUGUGGAGCUCAAGCACGGAUUCUUCUCGGCUCCAACCACGAGAUUCAGAGCAUCUGAUGAUUUCGUGCCUACCGACUCCAUGCUCAGCUACUAUGAGCAGCGCGCGGAGAACAACGGUGGACUUAUCGUUGCCGAAGCCACUUUCCCCGACUACAGCUUUGGCCUGUAUCCAAACGCUCCUAUGAUCAAGACGCCGGAGCAGGUUGCUGCCUGGAAGAAAAUCGUGGAUGCUGUCCAUAAGCAGGGAUCUUUCUUCUCGAUUCAGCUGUGGCACUUGGGAAGAGUUGCCGUCCCGCAGCUGAACAAGAAGUACAACGUUCCCCUUGUUGGUCCUUCCAAACUCUACGUCGACGAGAGCAGCGAGAAGGCAGCAAAAGAGGCAGGAAACGAGCUACACGAGCUGACUAUCCCUGAAAUCGAGGCCAUCGUGAAGGAGUUUGCCGCCGGCGCCAAGCGGGUGGUUGACGAAGCCAAAGCAGACUUUGUGGAAAUUCUUGCUGGAGGAGGCUACUUGCUGGACCAGUUCAACCACUCAAACAUCAACAAGAGAACCGAUAAGUACGGUGGCUCGAUCGAAAACCGUGCCAGACUGAUUUUGGAGGUUGUCGACGCAUGCAUCGAGGCGGUCGGCGCAGAGCAUGUCGGCAUCAAGCUGUCGCCAUACGCAGCGGUCAAUGGUCUCCAGGGUGUCGAUACGGAGAUCCACCCUAUUUCCAGAUAUGGAUACAUCUUGAGCGAGUUGGAGAGAAGAGGAAAGGAGGGAAAGAGAAUCGCGUACAUCACAAUGAUCGAGCCUCGUGUCAACGGCACGGAGGACAGCAAGGACACGCGGGCGUUCGACUCCUCGUGGGUGGGCGAGAUCUGGAAGAGCACUCUGUUGAGGGCGGGCGCCUAUCUCAACCAGUUCUCGAAUUACCUGAUCCAGGACGUCAACAAGGACGACAGAACGCUAAUUGGAGCCGCUAGAUACUUUACCUCCAACCCGGACCUUAUCGAGAGACUGAGAAAGGGACAGGAGCUGACUCCGUACGACAGAUCGAAGUUCUACACCCCGGCCACCAAUGACGGCUACAUCACGUGGACCAAGUAUGGCGAGGAUCCCGAAAAGUACAAGGGCCUUGUUGCCGUGAAGCCACAGCCGCUGUCCUGAUGGCAGGCUGUGUGCGAGCCAAGUACCGUGACGCGUUGCGUGGUGUUUAGAUAGGCGUAUAGAUUUGCUUACAUAAUUAUUA